GCAGCGGGGGGGCGGCGGCGCUGGGGCUCGGCUCGGCUCGGCUCGGCUCGGACCCGACCCGCCAUGGACCGGCCACGGCGACCGGCCGCACAGGAGUGACCCGUCCGUGAGGCCGGUGGGAGCUGCGGCGCAGAGCAUCAGGUGCCCCCGGGACACGCGGCUCCGUCGUGGCAGCCCCUGCAGCCCCUGCCCGCCGCAGCCAUGCCCAUCCUCAAGCAGCUCGUCUCCAACUCGGCCCAUUCCAAGCGGCGCUCGCGAGCCGACCUGACGGCCGAGAUGAUCAGCGCGCCGCUCGGGGACUUCCGCCACACCAUGCACGUGGGGCGGGCCGGGGACGCCUUCGGGGACACGUCCUUCCUCACCAGCAAGGCCGGCGAGCCCGGCCCGGAGCCGGCCGAGGACUCGGGAGCCUCCAAGCCCGGGCUGCUGUCCCGCCGCUUCCGCAGCAGCAAGCGCUCACAGUCGGUGACGCGCGGCGACCGGCGGGACAUGCUGGGCUCGCUGCGGGACUCGGCGCUCUUCGUGAAGAACGCCGUGUCCCUGCCCCAGCUCAACGAGAAGGACGUGGACAGGAGCGCGGGGCAGCUGCCCAAGAGCCUCUCGUCCAGCCCGGUCAAGAAGCUGCCCGAGGAGGUGAGUCCCGAAGAGCAGAGGCGCCUGAACGGGGCGGCCGCGGGGCCGCUCAGCCCCGGCUUGGAUGAGCGCGACUUCGGGGACAUCACGGAGCUGCCCGUGGUGGUGGCCAAGAGCGGGGCGGGCAUGAAGCACGCCGAGUCCAUCAUGUCCUUCCACAUCGACCUGGGGCCCUCCAUGCUCGGGGACGUCCUGAGCAUCAUGGAUAAGGAGCAGUGGGAGCAGGACGAAGACCCCGAGGCGGAGGAGAGCUGUGAGGAGGAGGCGGAUGCCGCCCUGCCCGUGUCCCCGGCGAUGGCCCCGCCGAGCCAGAGCCCAUCCCGUGGCGCCGGCAGCCGCUGCCCCAGGGACAGCAGUUUGGCACCCAGCUGCCCCUCGGGGCCGGAGCGGCGCAGCCCUGGCCCGCUGCCGAGCCAGCGCGGCGGCCCCCCGAAACGCCCCGCCAAGGAGUUCUCGUUCGCUGAUGAAGACGACGAUGAGAUCAGAGUGUAAGAGGCAGGGGGCGGCCGAGCCAAGGGGUCUGGGGCUCAUUUGGACGUGGGGCCCGGGAUCCCGGCGCUGCAACGGGCGGCACCGGGGAAGACUCGAUUCCUCCCUCGUUCCCUCUCCCCGUGUGCCCCAGGACAGAGGCUGCUCCCGGCGACGGGGCGGCCCCGACGCCUCUCUGCCCUUGGAGAGCUCCAGCACACCCCUGCAGGGAGAAGCAGACUCGAUUUGGGUUCUUUGUUGGACUUUGGAUACUAGCUCUUUCCCUCCCCCCCGUGCCCUGCCCGUGUAAAGCAAUAUAGGAGCGAACAGGACGAGGCUUCGGAGCUCUAUCCCCUGUAGUAAUAUAUUUCUCUUCCCCGACGUAUGGUUUUUACUGCUCUCUGGUUUGUACUUAACUUUCUUUACUCUUGCUUUUGUUUGUAACGGAGGGGACGUUUCCCAUGAGGAAGGACUUGGCUCUGGAGCUCAGAGGGGGCCCCAGGACACUGGGCAGCUCCAGCUCCCCAGGUUCCUUGGGGACUUUCUGCAGACCGAGAGCCUCCAGCCCUGUGCUGUGGUGGGAACUCGCUCCCUGUCCCUCUGAGGGAUGGAUCCAGCCCAGGUGCUUGAUCCUCCCAACAGCCCAGGGGUUGCAGGGACACCCUGAGCCAGCCCUGGCACCGGCCGCUCCUGGGGAUGCCCGUGGGUCCGUUUCCCGUGGGAGGAAGCCCUGGAAGCGCCGUGAGCGAGGGUGAGCCCGUGUGUGCCGUGGGGCUGGUGCAGGUGGCUGCCAGAGGAGGGUUUUAUACUGUGUAUGUACAAAUGCAAAGAAUAAAAGGAAACAGUAGUGACA